AUGAACCCGAACAACAAGAUUACGCUGAACGACGGCAACAAGAUCCCUCAGAUUGGCCUGGGCACAUGGCUUUCUUCGCCUGGUGAGGUUGGCCGUGCCGUGGAGCAUGCCAUCAAGACUGGCUAUCGCCACUUGGACCUGGCCAAGAUCUACAAGAACCACGCGGAGAUCGGGGAGGCGCUGAAGAAGGCGAUUCCCGCAAAUGUCAAGCGCGAGGACUUGUUCAUUACUGACAAGCUCUGGAACAACUCGCACAAGCCUGAGCGUGUUGAAAAGGCGCUGGACCAGACUUUGCAAGAGCUUGGCUUGGACUAUUUGGAUCUCUACCUGAUCCACUGGCCUGUCGCCUUUGAGGGUGAGCUAGACGAUCUUUUGCAGGAAAAAGAUGGUUUUGCUGUGCUUGACUUGGAGACGUCUCUCGUGGAUACGUGGAGGGCUAUGAUUGCACUGCAAAAGACUGGCAAGGUCAAGUCGAUUGGUGUCUCCAACUUUUCGCCCGCGCAGAUUGAAGUGCUCACGAAGGAGACGGGUGUGGCCCCUGCAGUGAACCAAAUUGAGGCGCACCCCUUGCUUCCCCAGGACGAUCUUGUGGACUAUCACAGGAAGAACAACAUCCACAUUACUGCGUACUCCCCGCUUGGCAACAACCUCAAGGGCCAAACGAAGAUUGUGGAGUACCCGCAGAUUCUUGAGAUUGCCAAGAAGCGAGGCGUGGACCCGGCACAGGUGCUGAUUGCUUGGGGUGUGAAGCGUGGCUACUCGGUCAUUCCCAAGAGUGUGACCCCCAGUCGCAUUGAAAGCAACUUCCAGCUGAUUGAACUUACGGACGAAGAGUACAAAAAGGUCACGGACCUCAUUACUACUGUCGGCCGUAGCGUUCGCUUUAAUACGCCCUUCAACUACACGCCGUCCUGGGACAUCAACGUGUUCGGUGAGGAGGCUGAGAAGUCGGCCAAAAACCAGCUCAAGAACAAGUAG